AGAACUGAAUUUUUAAGCCAAUUGAUUUGAAAUCUGGCAUAUUUUAGUAAUUUAGUUACUUCCGGGUAAAAAUGGCUGCAGGAGAAGAACUUUUAGUUCUCAUUGACAAGGAAAUCCCUGAGGGACGAAAAAGUCUCCAAGAGAGCUACAUAAAUCUUGAAAAUGUUGCUAAAUAUUGCGAGGAUAACUAUCUCAAAGCACUUAAGGUAAGAACUUAUAUUUUGAUUUGAGCUCAAUAAUUAAGCACAAAGAGAAGUGCCUGUUUAAAAGUGUUGCAAGAAGAGUAAGAAGUGUUUGUGAGUGUUUGUCUUCCUUGUUUAAACACUUGACUUAUUAAUAUUAAAAAGGCUUAGAAAUUAAUUUUUUAAAAGUGUUUUUAAAAAAAAAUCGUAGUCAUGAUGAUAAUAAUAAAGCUUUACUUUAUAUUAAUUUCAUUCGCCUUUCAGAUCUUUUGCUACUGGUUUAUAAAUUUGAACAAGAAAUUAAUUUUAAAUUGGAUUACCUGAUCCACACUCACAGUAAUCACACUGAUUCACAGUAGUAAAUAAUAAAUAGCCUAUGUAUUAACUUGUAGUAUGCCUGUGGUAUGCUGCUGAAAGAACUGGAACCUUAUUUUAAGACCACUACUAAAUGCAUAUUCAUAUACUUGAACUUAAGGCUAAGAAUCCAAUAAAUUAAAUAUGGGCUCUGGUAAAUGAAAUUUAGUAAGCGUUAAUUAAUUUAUUACAGCUAAUUAAAACGAUCCUGGGCUAAUGUGUAAAGAUAGCACCUUGACAUCAUUUGCAUGUUUUGUCCAUGUUUCCGAUAGGGUCAAAACCCAGGUUAGGGAUAAGUUUAGGGUUCAGGUUAGGUUUAGGGAUAGAUUAAGGUGUUAGGUUUAGGAAUACAUUUAGGACAUAAGUUCGCGGGGCGUGGCAACCAAGAUGGCGGCCAAGAUUGCUAUCUCUCCAACUUUACCCGAUCCUGAAACAUCAACUUAUUUAUUAGCCAUGUAUAGUUUAGUUACAAGACUAGAAAUAGAAUUUAGAUUGCAGUAUAGUUGGCAUGUCUCACUGAGUAAAUAAGCUAAAUUAAAUAGAUUAUGUAGGCUGUAGGUUCCCUGGGUCAACUACUGACUACUGGCCACAAAGUUCCUUAUUAACCAAAAGAUUUCAAUUUUUAGUUUGGUAUAUUUGAUACAGUUUCAUUUUUUUAUUUUUUUUAUUUAUAUCUUGAAAGGUGGGGAGGGUUUUUCUAGAUAUUUAAUGGAAACAAGAAGAUGUUGUUACAAACUAUGAAUAUUACCAACAUUCAAUUUAAUUAAAUUAUACUAUUAAGUUUGUAUAAAAAAUACAAUUUUAAACAUACUUAAAUUAAAACUAUAUUAACUUACAGCACAGCAACUGAAAAAAAUUAUAAUCCUUGAAGGAGAAAAAUAUUAAUAUAUACAAACACAAAGAGUAUUAUGUUGUAAAAGGCUCCUUCCAUUAUUAUAUUAUUUCUCGUAAAUGUCUAGGAAAAUUAGCAAAAAUCUCUACCGGCUGGGAAAAUAUCAUUUAGAACAAAUAUCAUCUAAAUAAAGACAAGCCUUUUCCCAGUCAAAGGAGGGGUGGGUUGGUAGUAUGUUUAACAUUUAAAGUGGAGAGACAAGUGGUGGUCACAAAACCCUAUUAAAGUAGAAUUAGUUCAACACACAGGCUACAACAUUAGCAAUAGUUUGAUAUAUUUUAAGUAAAAAUAUUGAUACAUAUAUUUAAUAUUAAUGUAAAACUAUGUCAAAAAUGAUAAAUGAAGUGUAGAAAAAAUACCUACCCAAAUCUUAGCUGUGUUCAAUUAAUACACCAAGGUCAACAACAAUACUAAUUUAUGUUUAGUUAACAGACAAAACUUCUUGUUUGUCUUGUCCUAUAUUUCAAAUUUUCUCAGAUCUUUGUCUUUAUUUUUCCCUCAACUCAGCCUGAGCAUCACCGCCUUAAAAUGUAGAUAUUUUAUUAAAUACACUGAUAUUAUGGCUAACUGAGAAUUUAAAGUAGCAACACUAGUAGGGGUGUGCCGGAUCCGUUUUUUCCAACCGGAUCCGGAUCCGGAUUUUCUUAUGCGAAAUCCGCCGGAUCCGGAUUCCGGUUUCUCCCGGAUUCCGGAUUUUGGUACUAUUGGUAGAUACUUCGGUAAGUCAAGGUGGACUACUACUUUUUGUGUAUGGGAAUUCGCAAUCGGCGCCAAAAAAUCCGAGUUUUUAAUUUUCCGAUGUGUAUGUCUAUUUAUUAUUAAAUUAGUACUUUCGAUAUAUAUUUGAGUUCCGUUCCAUUUGGAUAAGUGUCUUACGAGAGACGCCGUGUUUCUACGCGUUCAUAGCAGGUUAUGCAGCUCGCUCAACCUAAUUUCGCCAUGGGGUUGGCCACGCCCCCCUUUUUAAUGGCGGAAGUUGACGAUACUUAGGAAAUAUUAAUUUAUUAUCACUAUUUACAUCAAAAUAAUUGAUAACUUGUGUUUCAGAAUGCAUUUAAAGACAUUUAAACUGGAAUGUUUUAAUUUGAGCUUUAACAACCCGGUAGAAUCCAUAUUAUAAAUGAUCAGAAUUUACCGUGUGCAACACGUUGUCAUUGGCAACCAUUCACAGCCACUUGCAUAACUGUAUCGUAGUACUACCUCAGAGUUUCAUUCAUAAGAGUUUGCCGUGUGCAAAAACUAUUAAACCAUUGGUCAGGGAAAGCUUUAAUUAAUUAUUCAUGUGCCAAAGUUGAAAGUUUAAACUAAGUCUAAACAGUAUUUUAGUGAUAAGGCAGGGAAUGCGUUGCCUUAUAUAAACUAUAUAGUCAUUGCGCAUGACGGGAUUGGUGGAAUGAGAUCACAGAAUGUGGAGAUGCAGUCCAUGUUAAAAAAUGACAAACCAAGUCGUACUUUAAAAAUUCAUAACUUUAAAACUACAACAGCUAAAAAUAUGAUUUUGGUGUUAUAAUUCUUUAAAAAAUUACAUCUUUUCAACUAUGCCAUUGGUUUAUUUUUACAAAAAGUUUAAAUUUUCUUAUCAAAGUCCCUACACUAUUGGCCACUAUUAGCGGUGCUGACUCUAGCCUCUGGUAUGUACGGAAUAUUAAACAUUAAACAAGCUCAACGCUCGAAACAAUCGAUUAAUGUAUCGUGAUCGUGUGGAAUUCGGGAAAGAGAAUUACUUUUAUUUCAGAUUAUGAUCCGGUGAGUCACAAAAUCUGGCAAAUUCCGAAAUCCGGUAUAUUCCGGAUUCCGGAAUCCGGUUGUUCCGGAUACAUGUAAAUCCGGCGGAACCGGAUUUCACCGGAUAGUGCAAAAUCCGGCGGAACCGGAUUCCGGACCGGGGUCCGGCACACCCCUAAACACUAGGUUAAGGUCCUCACAUGACAAAUAUUAAAAAUAAACUUAUUAAACCAGUUUAGCUGGAUGGAAGAACUCUUGAAAACAAAAAAAAAUUCAUGAAUGCGAGUGAUCAAAACCAUCAAGCACAUACUGUUGAAGCCACUACUGUCCACUACUUAUUUCUACUUGAUUGGUUAAUUUGUCAAGCAAGGUCUCUCACACGUUGUAAUAUGUUGUACUAGUGCUGAAUAAACUCAAGUCCUUUAUCACUAUAAAUACAAAUUUAAUAUUUAAUUUUAUACACAUACAGUAAACUCCAUACACCUGAAUGGCACAGCUCGCUAUAAGACAGAAAUAAAACACAGCCUACUUCAACAAAGUUCCAUUCACGACUGCCAGAAGAAUAAAACGUACGUCACAAUACAGACUAGACAAUACGUCAUAAUGAGCAUAAAAAUAAGUCACGAAGUCAAGCACAGGAAGAGCGUUCUUUAACUAAUAAAACUAUCAAACACCCACAGCGUGUACUGAAACAUAAUAUUCAGUUGCAACAAUUAUUAAUGAACUCCCAUACUCAACAACUACUAGAAAGCUAAAAAAAAAAUAUUUUUUUUGCCCUGCACGUCUGUUUUGGCACAAAAGCAUAAAACAAUUUUUAAAAUUUAAUAUUCUAUUGAAACCAUCUAGAUUUACUUCUAAGUUCUGCUUAACAUAUUCCGUUUAGCACAGACUGAUUAAAAAACCUGUUUGAAAAAAAAACAAAAAAAACCAUCUUUUAAUACUUGUGCUAAAUGAGUGUUUAAGUUGAUUACAGAUUAUUUCCCUCAAUUGGAGAUAGUUCAUGGUUAAAUCUUGAUUUAGUAGAAUUGUGGGAUAAAAGUAUUCUGCUAUUUGAAUUCUAGAGAGCAUUGGUUUCAAUAAACUGUUUUGUUUAUUGUAAUUUAUUGUAGUUUCCUUCAUUGCUUAAUUUUAGUCAAGUGCUAAUGCUACAGCCCAAGCCCUUCAGGAAACCAAAAACUAUACAACCCACUCAUUGGCUAGCGUGGCAUAUCAAAUCAACAAUUUGGCAACAAAUUUCUUGAAGCUAUUAGAUCUGCAGCAGAGUCAGCUAACUGAUAUGGAGUCCAGUGUCAAUCAUCUGAAUCAAGUAAGACAUGGAAACAAGUGCUAAUUUUUAAACAAUUAUGAUAAUUAUUUUAAGUAUACAUUUCAGUCAGAUACAAAAAGCUGGGGCCUAAAAGAAGUUUAAGAAUUAAUCUUGCAUUUUGUUUUUUUAUAAAACUAAGAAGAUAAACAUUAAACAUCGUAAUACUCCUACGUAAAAUGAUGUCCUUUAUUAUAUAUUUAUAUAUAUGUUUUGAUUAGAAGAUUCUUAAAUAUUGUCUUUGUUUAUUUAAAUACCAUAGAUUGUUAUGAUUCACAAAGAGAAAGUAGCAAGAAGGGAGAUAGGUGUACUUACUGCUGGGAGGAGUGUUCCUCGACCCCUUGGAAUGAAAAAUGGAAUAAUAUAUCCAGAACAGACAGAGCGACCUAUAAAGUACACCAGAAAAUCAAUUGACUAUACAGCGCUUGAUGAUGUUGGUCAUGGUGUGAGGGUAAGGAUAACAUUUAUCAGUGCACUGUUAUUUCACAGCUAUUUUAGACAUUAAAAAAAAGUGAAUUUAUAUUUGAUUUUUGUUCUAUUUUUCUUUUAGCAACUUUAACAAUGAUUAUUGUGUUAAAAUGUCACAAAUUCAUAAAUAAAAGAAUUUUUUUUUUUAAUAUAUGUACCAUUGCAAGUAUCAUUAGUAUCCAUUACUUACAAUAAUAAUUAUAUAUACUAGGUCAGGUGUCAAGGUCAGCUACCUUUAUUGAAUGAGGAGUCAUCUCUAUAAAUCAUUACAGAUUAGGUUUUUUCAAGAGCAGAAUCUAUUUCCUCAAAGAACAGUUUUGUCCACCACUUUAUUAGGUCUUUCAGUGUGCUGAAGAUGUCCCAGUUUCCCAGCCAUUCACAUCUUCUUUCUACGAUUGAUGACCGGGACAGUUUUUGGAAGUUAUACACAUUAUAAUAUAAAUUAAAUAGAGACCUUGCUUUUACAUCAAUGCCAAUUAUUAGAUAAUAUCUUUCUAUGAUAUGAGGCAUUUAAGUUAUGCACUUUUGGUUUUUCUUAAUAAACUUAAAAAGGAUAGCUAUUGUAGAUUUAUUUUACUUCAAGUGUGUAUUAUAUCAAAGGUACUUGAGAAACAAUAACAUAGAUCACCAUAUUUAUAUAACAUAUGGUAUAUCUGUGUUAUAACUUUACCAUUUACUUCACGUUCAGUGACCUACUUGGCAUUGACAAAUUUGAAAUGCUAUUGAUCAUUUGGAAACUAUUUUUUGUCACAGUAUGAAUUUUACAAAUCAUUGUUGCACUUUUUAAAGUAAUUUUAAAUUUAAUUUUAUAUCUUUCUCAUUUUUGUCUAGCAACAAGCAAACACACCACGAGCUGUACGAAGUCCUUCUAUCAGUAGCAACCAUAGCAAUAACAGUUCAAGUAACAAUAUCAACCAGGCACCAACAAGUAAGCCGCCUACACCUCCUACCUAUCGAGCGGGAUCUCAAGGAGGAACCAUUGGUAGAUCAGCAUCUAAUCAGCCGAAUCGUGCUGUUGUUCCACCAGUGCCGCCAUCACAUCAGAGUCAAGCUCAGGGUAAUUUCCCUCCUCACCCUCAAUCCAGUCGAUCAUCUGUAUCUUCGGGGAGCUCAUACUCUCCAAAUAACACGCUGGUUAUGGGUCAACUUCACUCACCUUCCAUGGGUCAAACCAUGCCACCUGGGAUGGGCUAUAAUCCAUCUCCUAAUACCCUUCAUAAUUUGACACGCUCUGCAAAUCCUUCACUAAUGCAUCCUGAGGCAAAGGGUAAUUUUGCUUUUUUAGCAUUAAAAGACUUAGACCAUUAUGCUAACAAUCUUUUUAAAUGUUCUAUUGGAAAGUAAGGAAUAUUAAAUCGGAAAUUAGAUUUUUUUUAAUAAUUUUUUUUUUUUAAAGCAUAUGCUAAUAAGGUUCAAUGUUGCAAUGGUCUAAGUCUUAAGCCAUCACCAAGAAAAAAGUAAAAAUGCAGAUCAAUAAAAAAUAUUUGACAAAUUUUGUAUUUAUUUUUCAAUAAUAAAUUUAAAAUCAACAUUUUUCGUGACUGCAUCUUUACACUUAACAUACUGCACUAUUUUCACUUAAUAAUUUAUCUUAAACAAUUUGAUAUUAGAGUAUUAGUUUCAUCUUUAUUUCAGAUAGCUUGUGGCAUGUAAAAAUUGAAUAAAAGGGGAGUAAUAAAAAAUAUUUUUUAUAGAUAUUUAUUACUGGUUUACAAAAUUGUUUCCACAAGAAAUGUCAUUUAAAAAUAAAUUUAUUGACAAAAUUUGCGUAUAAAAUUUCAAUAAAAAUGUAAAAUUUCAAAUGUUAAGAAAAGAAUUAGUAUAAAACUCAAGAUCUUUGUGGUGGAGGAAAGUAUCUGUUAUCUGGGUGUGUUUGAAUCAAUAGUACAUUUAAAGGGAAGUGGGACAUUUUUGUAACAACAUUCUUUCGAUGAUGCUCAGUUUAUAAACUAAAUAUCCUUGUUCAAGAUCAAAAUAAAUAUAAUCAGACUUUUGGUUAAGUUAUAGGUGGUUUUUUGCUGAGUGCAGUAUAAUUUUGUAUUCUUGCAACUUGCAAUUCAUUUUAAGACAUUUAAAAUGCAGUUGAAAACUCCAGUAAGCAAAUAGUCAAAAAUUUACUACCAUGGGGAUUAAAUUCUCAAGAGAUGAAAUUUUUUAUAUGUUGAUAGAGAUUUAUGUAAUUAUUUAAUAAUGAGCUUAUUCCAUUUUUUAAGCUUUACUUUACAAAUUCUUUGCACUUAUAUUAUAUACUCGUUUUAAAGCUCAUUUGUUCAUAAGCCGACCCCCUAGUUUUGGCUGGGAAAAUCUACUGAUUCCCCUGAAAUAUAUCCCCCAAAAAGUGGGCUUUAAAACUAGUAAUUAUGGUAAUGUUUACUACAUUUUGUAAGGAAAUGGUAUUUUUAAAAAUCAUUCUUUUCUUAAAUUUUUUCAUCUAUUUCUUUAACAUUCUUCAGUCUGCUAUUACAAUAUCAAGAUAAUCUUUUUUAUUUAAAAUAUAUUAGUAUUUUGAAUUUAACUUGAAAAUUUAUUUAAUUCAAUUUCUCUUGAACAACGUAAAAAAAUUAUUAACUUUAUCUACUAAUAAAAGUAACCUGGCAUUAAAAACAUAAAGAAACAUAAACUUCUUUGGCUGCUCAUGACAUCUAUUGUAGAUUAAUCUUAAACUAAUCUGUGCAUAUUAUUUAAAAAAUAAUUCACUUAUUACCUAAAUAUGAAUUAAGAUAAAUCUCAUGUAACAUUAUCUUCGAAACAUGAAUUGAUUUAAAACCUGCUAAAUCUAUCAAUUAAUUUUUUUACUAUGGUAAAAAAUUUAUAAUUAUUUUAAUUUUUGAUUAUAGCUUUCUUAACCCAAAUAGAAAAGACAGAAUUAACCAAACUUUCAAGAUUUGGUAAUUUUUAAGAAAAAAACACAUUUUUAUUAGGCUCUUAAAAAGGCUUGGAACUUCAUCUCUUAUUCCAUGCCUGCUCCUUACCACAUUUAUUGUGUAAUUUCUAAAUAAUAAAAAAUUCAUAAAUAAAUUUGACACUGAUUAAUAUCGUUAUCUUCAUUACUAUCAUUUUUAAAUUUAACAACAUAUUUUAUACUAAAAAAAACAACUUAGAAAUACUCAUUUUAUCUCAGUUUUGAUAAUACAAUAUGCGUAAAAUUUGACAUUUUACUUGAGUUUAGCAUAUUUAUUAUUUUUAUAAAAUUUCAUCUAAACUAUGUUUAGAAAAAUAAUUGCUAAUUCAAAAGUUUAAAUUUAGUACAUUCAAUAAACAACUUUACAAUGUUAAUGAUUCUGUUGAAUUAUUGUGAUAUUUAUAAUGAUAUGACAAAAGGGAAUUGUUAAUUAAUUUAGUAUAAUAUUUUAAAAAGCUAUAUUAUCUUCUAAGGCUUUUAAAUUAUAUAACUAUGUUUUUUUAUAAAUGCAAAUAAAUGUUUACCCAGUUGUUAUUUUGUGCAUUUGCCAAAAGAUAUGAAAAAAGGAUAUCUUUGAAAAAAAAAAAAGCAUUAAUGACUUGCAUAACCUUUGUUUUGUUCCAAAAUAGAUUUUCCUUUUCAUUUUGCAGAUUGUUUCUUUUUUUAAUUCUAGCUUUUGCACCUCUUUCCAUUUCAUUAUUUUCGAUUCAACAGCACAGUAUGCACGUAGUAGUACUAGUCGAGGACAAAGCUGGAUUGGUAAGGCUGUUUUUGUGGAGAACUGGUUUCUUUUAUUUAUUUGUUGCUGACAUUUUACCAAAGAGAUUAUCCUUUUCUGUAGUUAAUUAUGAUUAUUUUCAUUUUUUGAAAAAGAUUUUUCACCUGAUAAUAUUCAAUAUAACAUUGUGUAAUGUUUAAUUUUUUUGGUUUUGUCUCUUUUUUAAGCUUUCUGUUUUACACCACUGUUUUAUAUUUGCAAAAAAUUAAUAGUUUCUCAAAAUCUCUGUCUCAUUUCUUCAUCUGUUGUUUUCUACCACAAUUUGCAUCUUGUUUUUUGGUUUUUUUUGUUUGUUUUUUUUUUUUUUUGUUUUUUUUUUGCUGCAAGUUCCUAGCCCUUUUAUGGCAUUUACACUACUAACCAGUAAAAGUACUGUCUGUCAAAUAUUAAUUAGCUAACUGACUACAAUAUAAUUCCUGUGAAAAUAUUUAAACAUCAUCUGUUUGAUUAUUAUUUAUUUAUUUACUCUGAUUAGUUUUAUUUGUCUUUUCUUGUGAUACAUUGCACAAUUCUUCUCUGUUAUAAUGUUGAAUACAGAUUACUGGUUGGUUCUGUCAUGUUUGCUUAUGCAUGAUAUUCAUUUUUUGCUUAAAACGUUCUUCAUUAAAAUUGUUAGAAACCCCUGAAAUAUUUGUUUAAAGUGUUAAAGAAUAUUUUUAACACAAAAUAGGUAAAAAUCCAUCUUAAAUUUCUGGUUAUGCGCUGCAAAAUCAGUGACAACAGUGUUGGUGAAAUCCCAUCUCUGACAAAUAAAAUUGGAAUUUUUUUUAUAAAUCAAAUUCAUUUUUAGCACCAGUAUCUGAAAAAUAUUUAAAUCUUAAACUGAUGGUAAUAUUUAAAUUUGUCAAAACCAAAAGAUAUUGACAGUUACUUGCAUAUAUAUAAAAUCAUUACAUUUACUUUAUUGACUAAAUCCAAAUUAGUUUGGAAUUUUACUCGUAUUUUUAUUUAACUCUGUUACUGUGACCCCUAUAUGAUUAAUUUAAUUUUUAAUAUUGAGUUUCUUUCUCUCCUCCCCCCCCCCCUCCCAUAAGGAGCAACUAUUUCAAGUAUAUUAUGUGGUGUUGGCUUUUUCCUUCUUUGAAAGUUCUGUUGUCAUUGUUGUGAGUUUUCAAAUUAGUUUGGAAUUUUACUCGUAUUUUUAUUUAACUCUGUUACUGUGACCCCUAUAUGAUUAAUUUAAUUUUUAAUAUUGAGUUUCUUUCUCUCCUCCCCCCCCCCCCUCCCAUAAGGAGCAACUAUUUCAAGUAUAUUAUGUGGUGUUGGCUUUUUCCUUCUUUGAAAGUUCUGUUGUCAUUGUUGUGAGUUUUCACUGUUGUUUUGGCUUUUUUUGUUUUCACAGAAACCUCCACCACAUCCCUGCCCCCACCUCCAUCAGAUGAUGAUUUCCCAGAACCGCCUUUUUUUCCAGGUGUGAGCAUGCAAAAUAAUCGCAGAAACUGUUAAAUGGUCGUAUCGAUUUAUUGCUAGCCGUUAUUUUAAAUAACUCCAAAUCUAACCUACAUAGUAGUCUCAUUUACCAGUGACUCGUGUGAAAUCCUUAAAAGUGUUCUUAAAUGUGGAAAUUCAGACAUGUUAUUUUCUUAAAGAUUGACACAAUAAUAAGAAGUACAUUAUUCCGUAAUAUGAAUAAAUUCAUUCAUAAUUUCAUUUUAAUAUUCAACAAAUAGUUGGUAAAUAUUUUUGAUUACAUUUACUAAACCCUUUCCCUUGAUGAAAGAAAUUGACAAAUUAUUUUCCUAGUUUACUUAUCUAUAAUUUUAAUAAUAAAUUAAGGUCUCACCUAAAAAUUCUUCUUAUACAUGUUUGAGUAUAGUUUAAUUUGCUAACAUAUUCUGCUGUGCAUAUGUUUUUGAUAAUUUUUUAUAGUUAACACUGUGUGUUAAAUUAACCCAUAUAAAUGAUUUCCUCUAAGAAAAUAUUUUGGGGGCCUUCGUAAUGAUAGAUUGGUAUACACCAAAAAAAAAAGAGCUGGAGUUAUGUUUUCAAAGAGCUGCUAGUUGCCAAAAACCGCACUAACUUAGCUGAAUGCCAUAGAUUUUGAAACUAACUGUGUUCAGAUUAGUCUCAAGAAUGCAGGUAACACAGAAUUCACUUAAACCACAUACAUUAUGCCUUAAAAUGAAUUUUCAGCUUUUAUAUCGGCUUUCUUGUUGUACUGCUUUAGUCUAUUUAAAGCUUCCAUAUCCUAAACAUACAUAGUGAUUUUUAUUUUUCUGUGACUUCUAUUGUGAAAUGUUUGUAAACCCUAUAUUUAUAAUCAUUCAUUAUUAAUAUCAUAAUAAUUAAUAUCAAAAGAACUGUAUCUUUUUAAUUCAAAUAUAACAUUUAGUAUACGUGACUAUUAAAAUUAAGCAUUAUAAAAUAUUAUUAAUAAAGUUUAAUAUGCUGAGAUAAAGGUCAAGACAAUAGCCUGAACAGAUUCAAUUACAUUUUUAAAAGUUUAUUUCAAAUAUUGCUUAAUACAUUUAUUGGUUUCGCAGGUUCAGGUGCCAUGCUUGCAUUUUGGAAAUUUAUCUACAUCAAAUGUCUUGGAAUACUAUAAUGGAUUAAAUAUCAGUAAUAAAAAAAAAAAAGUUUAAUACCAAGGUGCUGCUAAUGAUCAGUUCUGCCUUUGGUUUGCCCACACAGUUUCCAUUGUGUCAUGAUUUCAAAUUGAGCGGUUAAAAAAAAAAACUAUAUCUACAAAAACAAUGUACUCUUUACAAUAACUAACAUUGAAUAAUUUUCAUAGAGGAGCUAAUAACUCAAAUCGCUUUAAUGAACUAAUCAGGCCUGAUGUUUACAUUUUGAAGAAUCUGAAUGGUUUAAUACUCUUGCAACAAAAACUAUGUUGUGUAAAUAUCAUUUAAAAAAUGCAUAUUUAUUUUAAGAGAAAUCAUUUCAUACUAAGAGAAAAAAUUGUGUGCAGUUUCUUUAUUGCCAUGUUUGCUUUAUCUUUAUAACUAUUACAACUUCUUUAUCUCUUCCAAUUUCUUUUAAGAUAAUUACAUUGGAGAACACUUGUCAAUGUACAGUAAUAAUGCCCAUUUCAGCAUCACCUCCUUUACCAGCACCUCCACCAGAGGACAUGUCAAGUCAGUUUGAUUAUCCUGCUGCCCCUCAGGACUUCAGUGAUGUCAGAGGACCACCAAGUACCAGAGCAGGUAGAAUGAUUGGCAGUGAACCUGAAGUUACAUAUGCGGCUUCACCUAAUAAUGAUGACCCUUAUGCUGCAACUGGCCCCCAUCUAAUAUCUCAACAGUCUUCUUCCUGGAUUCCAAAACAUUAUCUGGAGAAAGGUGAUUAUUGUUAAAUUCUCUUUCUUAAGUUCUCUUGAGUCAGACCUGUUUGGGCAGAGUUAAAUAUGCAAACAAAAACAAAUUAAUUAACUCUUUAAAACAAUUAAUGGUAUAAUUAAACAACCCCUAAAAGCAAAGUUUUUUAAACAAAUCCAUUAUAAAAUGUAAUAUCGAGCAAUGGGGGUGGGGCUUAAAAUUUGACAAAACAUGCACAAGUAAUGCAUGUUAUAAGAAUCCCAAUUGUUGCUCCCCCCUCAUGGCUCGCAACGGCACGUUUUUUCACACCCUGAUGUCUAAUGAUCCACCUGCUUUUACACCUCAGAUUUAUUUCACCAACAAUUUUAGAAAAGCAAAAGAAAUUAGUAAGCACCAAACGCACUUGCGACAUUUUUUUAAAAAGAACCUCAUUUAGUGCAGUUAUUGGGGAUUUUAUCUUCCCCUUGCAAAACAAGAAAAACUGAUUUUUAGGUGGUAGGGCUGAAAAUUUGAUAGAAUUUUUUUUGUCAUCAGCAAUGAGUUUAUGUGCCAAGUUUCAGCUUGAUAGGUUGAUGGGAAGUGGGUAGAUUAGCCAUCCAAAGAUUUUGCCAGCCAGCUACCCAUGAAUGCAAGCAAAGUUAAUAUAAAGGAUUUAAAAAUGAUUUGGAUUAUUAUUUUUCACCUCUGUGUGAUAUGCUUUGUAGAUUUUAAUUGUAAAAAUAGAUAUUUAUAUUGUAAAUUCUUUUUUUUUUUAAUUUCAAGUUCAUUCAUAAUCUAAAAUUGUUACCAGCACAAAUCCUAAUCUUAUUUUUGCUAAAAAUGAAAAUUGUUACAGUUCAUUUUAUUUAUAUAUUGUUUUUAUGUUUUGAAAAAAAAUUACAUACCUGUUUUUCUUUUACAGUGGUGGCCAUUUAUGACUAUCAGGCAAACAAAUCGGAUGAAUUGUCUUUUGCUGAGAAUGCUGUAAUUUAUGUAAUACACAAGAAUGAUGAUGGUUGGUGGGAAGGUGUCAUGGAUGGACAAACUGGUCUUUUUCCUUUUAAUUAUGUUGAACCUUGUAUGUAAUGUAUUUUUAGUGUACAUUUUUGUGUGUGUCUCCUUCUGCACAUUUACUAUCAGUACAUACUCAUUGUUUAUUAAUGAUGUGCCAGUUCAUUAAAGUCAAGAGCAAUGGCUCUAAGAGAUAACUUUUUAAUGCAAUCAAUAUUUAUUAACCUUUUGAAAUUGUUGUAGUUCAAUUCAGAGACCAUUGUCUUUGCUCAAACGUCACCUGCCGUUGGUUUACAGCUUUCCUGGUAUUUCUAUGUAUGUAAUUUGUAUUAUGUCUUGAAUCAUCAGCAUGUAAAAAAAAGAAAUGUAAAUGCAUGACCCAUUUUAUUGCCAAUUGUAUAUUGUUAGUUGUAAAAAAAAUUAUCAAAGUUGUUGAAUAGUUUUGGCCAAUGAUGAUGAAUGCGUUUUUAAGUAGAGCUAAAUGUAGUUUAUUUCUUUAACUUUAAAAAAUGUGUUUGGGCUUUUGUGCCUGAUUGGCAAAUUCCUUGUAAAAAAGGUUUAUUACCACAAAAUUAGAAUCUCAUAAGUCUACUUCAAAUUUGCAAUCUAGUUUAUAUGAAAUAUUUCCAAGCAAAGUUGUAUUUAAUUUUGUACUUUUGAAAAUGCACUGAAAUACAGUAAAUAAAAUAUUCUGAGGAAUAAUGCGAAGAAAUAAGUUGUAGUUUGUAGUAUUUUGCAUAAAGAUGGUUAUUUCUGAUUUAAAGGGAAAAUUCUAUUUGAACUUGAGAUGUUUCCCUUCUGAUUCUGAUAGACUACGUUGCUGCAACCAAGUACUGGCAUAUGUGCAACGGUUUGGGAAAUGAUAUUUUUUCAUAUGAUAAAAACUUAGCUUUCAAAAUGUGUAUAUUUUAAUUAUAUGUUUGCAUAUCCAAAGAGAUGCAUCCUAAACGUAAAUAGUAAGAGCUAUUCAGGAGUGAAAAGGGAAAGCUGCUUGUACAAAAAUUGAGAAAUUAAAAAAUGUUUUCAUGAACCAUAAAAUCUUUGUUAUAUUUAUUUUUUAUAAAUCCUAGUAACAGUAUUAAGAAGAGCGGCCCAUCAAGACAGGUUUCUACUUUCUAAUAUACCACUGGCAUGGUUUCCUGUAAUAACUGCUAAACAAUAAUUAAUUUCAAGAAAACAUACCAUCAGGUCCCUAUGAUUUAUUCCCAAUUAAAUAAAUUUAGCAAAGUUUGUGCAUUUCAUAUUUAUUUGUUUUUAUGGUCCCGAUUUUUUUUCCAGCAACUGUGACUUAACAGGCAAUGCUCUACAGCUAUUUUCACACUGACAACCACUCUUUAAAAUAGUUGUCUGCUGUCUUCCAACAUCUGGGGUAUUAAACUUUCUGAUGGUUUACUUUCUCCUCAAGAAUAGCGUUAGCAGUCUGACUUUGCUAACAAUGUUUCACCUAUUUACACAUGGCUAGCAAUGGCACUGAAUGAACUUAAACAUGCAACCUCUUGUUCAAGAGGAAGACCUUGAUUAAUUAUGUUACUUGGAAAUAGCAUAUAGAAAUAAUACAAAGCUUUUUGCACUGGUGUAAUGGUAAUAUAAUAGUAGUAUAAAGUAUAAAUUCACGAUGUUUUUUUAAAGAUAAAGGCAAUCUGAGAUUGUACAGCUUAAUCUUCUUAGUAGGCCCAUCACUUUCUUGAAUUGAAUAAGCUAAGAUGGCCUUGCUUAGGUGUUGUUUUUUUGCAAUGAUAAAUCAAAUAAAACUUUAACAAGAUAACUCCAUAAAAAAAAACACAGUAAUUACUUUUAAGUUAUAUUUUUCUGUACCUGGUACAACAGAACCAUAUCUAAAUGAGUUUGAGAAAGCAAUUGUGUAAAAAUAGAUCAAUUUUUUAAUAUAGAUAUUACAAAUACUUUAGGAUAUUAAGUAGCUUCAUCAGGGUGUGAAGUUUGAAUAAGUUAUAAGAGGCACAAGUUAUGUACAUGUGUAGGUGAAAAGUUGUUGUUGCACUGUCUAUUGUUAAAAAAGUUCAAGAAAAGCACCACAAUAAAAAUAAGAGCAACCUUUUUAUAUCAUGAUCAGUCUCUCCAUAUGUUUAGUUCUGCUUACAUGUAUCAAAAUGCAUGUUGACUCUUGUUUACUGUUAACAGAUGUAUUUACAUUGUUCCUGUUUGACUUAUGAACCAAUAUUUGACUUCUGAAAUUACAUUUCAACCACUUUGUUUUUUUAAAAUGUAAACAGCACCAAAUUAUGACAACCGAAAGGUUUGAUAUGGUGCCAAAAGACCUAUUUACUAUUUAGUUUGUCCCAGUAGUUUAAUGAAAUUAUUAUUUUUUAUUAUCAAUGUGAAACCAAAUUAUUUUUAAAAAAAUUAAAACAACACCCCUCUCCCCUCUCUCUCUAUUUUUCACCCCGUCCAAGAACUACAGCACACUUUAGCUCAUUUCUUUUCAUGCUCAAUAAUUGUUUUUUUUUAAGAGAAUUCACUUCCUCAGAUACUGUGUAGUGAAAUGAAGAAUGUAUUUUCCCCUCUCUAUCAAUCUGACACUUCAUUUCACCUUGAGAGACAAUGUCAAACUUAACUUGGUCCCUUCAAAAUGUCACCCACCAAGUCUUCCUUUGGUGUCAUCGGUGUAUUGUGCUUUAACCUGAGGUAUGCGUUGGAUGUACCUUGCUGCGUGCAUGCUGUACUGAGCACUGCAGCUGUUGUUUCUAAAAUCUGUUCCUCCACUUCUUCUCAACACUUGUGGUAGCAGAUCCCCGAUUUACUUUCUCUGGCAUCUUUUUAUGACUACAUUAAGUGGGUGGGCUGCUUUUUUCAACAUUUUUGUAUGUUUCACUUAUAAAUUUAAGCAAGUACUUGUGUUAAUUAAGAGGUGGACUCAAUUUAAGAUCUGGAUCAUUUCUAUUUGCAAAUCUGUUAUGACUUGGUAACACCCAUUAAAUGGAUUUUUAACAAAUAUUUUUAUCUGUUUUAGAAUAAAAUUGAAUACCUGUAACAUAUGAAUGUUUCUGUUUGAAUUCCCUUUAAAUCCUCAGAAGUUCUAGUAACUCAGCACUUUUGAAUCAUUGUCUUCCUGAAGUCUCUAAACUUUUGUCAAGCACUAUCAUGCACUUUUGGAUCGGACAUCCAAACUUAUAAUAUUAAAGUCAGUCUUUUAUUACAUGUGUAAUAUUUUAUUAGCAUUGUUUUUCCACAUUUAUUCAAACAGGGUCACCAUUGACCAUCACUAAUGUAUGAGCUAAAAUAUUACAUUACUAUAAAUUAUAAAUACUUUUUCCUCAGUGGAGCGAUCAACUUCCAAACACAACUUCCC